AGAACUGUCAGUGGGAUACCCAAUUCAUAUGAAAACAAAGGGAAAAUGUCAGUGGGAUACCCGAUAUGUUGGCUCCUGUCAGUUCAAUGGGGGUUCUCUAAAGACGUCACCCGGCUGACUUAAUUCCUGCGAACCUGGGAAAUUUACCUUGUGCGGAUUUGUCCAGAGGAAUCGUUUGCGCUUUCAAACGUUGAUCGAUCACGUACAGCAUUUCACAACCGAGGUUCAAUAUAAUAAAAAGAAUGUUCUCGGACGCAUACGAUCUAUAUUCGGCACUUUGGAUAAAACUCGUUAAACUUGAUAUACAAAAAGACGUGGGAGACGAAAUACUAUCGUGCCGUACGGAUAACGAGAUAAUAAAAUACGUUCGACAUUUGCUGAAUAGCUCAAAAUUGCAGGACAGUAUCGAACUAAAUGGUGACUGCAAGAACGACGUCAAAGCGAUUGCUUGUCGGAAAAAGGGCAACGAAUAUUUUCAUCCAAAUGUGAAACAAUACAUAAAAGCAAUCGAACGCUAUAAUGAAAGCAUCGCUCUGGCGGAAACAAAUUCAGAAACAUUGGCUAUAGCUUACGCCAACCGAUCGGCGGUGUGCUUUGAACUGAAGGAAUACAGCGAAUGUUUGGAAAACAUUGAACUUGCUCGACAAAAUGGUUAUCCUUCACGUUUGAUGGCUAAACUAGCAAAGAGAGAAGCUGACUGUUUGAGCAAUCUUAACGAUCCUUCCAAACAGCAUCCGGGCCAGAGCAAACAAAGAGAAGUAAAGUUGAGUUAUAAGCCGAACCCCAACGCUCCCCACAUUUCGGACUGUUUAGAACUGAUGGAAAAUGAGCAGUUUGGUCGGUACAUAGUCACAAAUCGAAAUUUGAGCGCUGGUGAUGUGGUCAUCGUGGAGAAACCCUUUUCUCGUUUACUAGUCGCGGAUUUGAGAUAUCUAAAUUGUGACUAUUGUCACAAGGAUUCCUUCUUAACUCUGAUACCAUGCAGAAACUGUUCGGUUACAAUGUUUUGUUCUGAGAAAUGCAGUGAGAAUGCAGAUAAAAGUUAUCAUCGUAUUGAAUGUCCUAUCAUCAAUGAUAUGUAUAAAUUAUUCACAAAGGUCAUUUUAAUGGCUCUCCGAACGACAACAGUGGCCAUUAGAACGUUUGAUUCCAACUUGGAAGAGCUGCGACUUCAUAUCGAAUCGAUAGACGAACUAUCUCUGAAUCCAUUUCAAUUAAACUGGAAUGCGAUUGACCCAAAAGAAAUAUACAGCACAAUCCACAUAUUAGCAACAAAUCAAAAAUUACGUACUCCCAGUGAUCUAAUUCAACGCUCAAUAUACGCAAUCAUUAUGAGUGAUCAGCUAUGCAGUAAAACUGAACUGAGCAAGCUCUGCGAAGACAAUCAAUCGAAUCGGGAUCUCAUCGAAUCACUUAUCUUCCGGCAUGCUCAAACUGCUCCCGUCAACAUGCACUCAUUGAUGUACAUGAAUUAUUGCCCCGAAGCGUAUGAACAGUACCAAUGUGAAUUUCUUGGAUGUGGAUCGUUCCCAAUAUUGAGUAUGAUAAAUCAUUCGUGUGCGCCAAAUGUGGUAAGAUUGACCGUAUCCGAUGGGGCUGUUGUGGCGUUUCUCAAUAGGCCCAUAGCAAAAGGAGGACAAUUGUUCGACAAUUAUGGCUACCAUCACUGCCUCGAAACUCUGCAGGAACGGCAAUCUGGGCUCCUCGCCCAGUAUUACUUCAAAUGUCAAUGUGAAGCCUGCAGAAAAAACUACGCCUUGUAUUACGAUUUGCCAACUGUGAAAAUCCCUACCAAAACCAAACAUCCGAUAAAUUUCGACGAGCUGGAACUGCUACGGAAACAUGAUAUGGAAACAGCGUUGAAGAAAAUUCCACAAUAUUGUCGUUUCUUAAACACGUUUGACUCAAACUAUCCCAACCAUGAGCUCAGCUCAGUCCAGGAGGCCUUAUUGAGAUGUUACCAAAUAGUUUUCUCCACACAAUCGAGAAAGUUAAAGUACAGGAAUCUUUGCUCUCUAUAAUUAAAUGAAGCUCAAUAUCAUCUUAAAAAUUUGUUAACGUUUAGAUAGAUUUAUUAUAUCGAUGUUGAUGCCAAGCUGAAAAUGCCUAAAACUUUAAUAAAUAUUUUUUCCCAACAAAA